AUGGCCAUCAACGGAACCUCCGCACCGCGCCCUCUCACUCCCGGCGUCUACGUCCCGACCGUCGCCUUCUUCGCCAGCCCCAGUGAAGACGUCGACCUCCCCACCGUCGAGAAGCACGCCGCCUACCUCGCCAAGUCCGGAGUUACCGGUCUCGUCGUGCAGGGAAGCAAUGGUGAAGCCGUUCACCUGGACCGCGAAGAGCGCAAAGCCAUCACCGCGGCCACCCGUCGUGCCCUCGACGCCAGUGGCGCGGAAUCCAUGCCCUUGAUCGUCGGCUGCGGCUCCUCGUCCACCCGCGAAACCAUCCAGUUCUGCAAAGACGCCGCCGAGGCUGGCGGUGACGCCACCCUCGUCCUCCCUCCGUCCUACUACAAGGGUCUCGUUAGUACCGAGGCCCUCCGCGAGCACUUCCGCACUGUUGCCUCCGCCUCUCCGAUCCCCGUCCUGAUCUACAACUUCCCCGGUGCCAGCUCCGGGCUGGACCUCAGCUCCGACGACAUUCUCGCGCUGUCGCAACACCCCAACAUUGUCGGCGUCAAGCUCACCUGCGGGAACACGGGCAAGCUGGCGCGCGUCGCGGCCGAGGCCAAACCGGGCUUCCUGACCUUUGGCGGAUCCGCCGAUUUCACACUCCAGACACUCAUCGCCGGCGGGGCCGGGAUUAUCGGCGGCGUCGCGAACCUGAUCCCGCGGUCGUGUGUGCGGGUGAUGGAUCUCUACCGUGCAGGCAAGGUGGAGGAGGCCCAGCGUCUCCAGGCGGUCGUGGCGCGUGCCGACUGGCAUGCGAUCAAGGGAGGUUAUGUGGCGGUCAAGAGUGCGCUGCAGAGCUACCGGGGAUACGGAGCACUGCCGCGACGGCCCUGUGUGGAGCCGACGGCGGCGGAGGCAGCGGCGUUGAAGGAGGCGUUUAGCGAGGGCAUGGAGAUGGAGAGGUCGUUAGAAAAGCUUGCCUAA